CUAAUAAGCUACAUACUCUCAUGAAUGUUUGGAUGGAUCAUACGUGCGGGUUCGAUUAUUUUUCAGCUGAAUAUUACCUUGAAUUUUGCUAGUAAUAAUUAGCGGCAUCGAAGAUCUAGCAGAGAUCAGUGCAUACUCGCUCGAAAUGGCUCUGUUAGUUAAGACUUUCGUUAGAUCCAGUCAUAGCUUAGAACAAGGGAAUUUGAUUCGACUGUGCAUGAGAAAUGUGCAAACAUCUUCAUCUCUACAAAUGGACCAGAAAUGGAGACAAAGACAAGGACUCACUGCAAAUCCUAAUGUGUACGGGCCCCUAACAAAUUUACCCGAUUAUUCAUAUAAAGACGGUCGGCCAACGCCAAUAGGCGUGAGACACAAGACUCGCAUUGAAAAGCAACGAGAGUAUGCGGCUAAGAUUCUUCAAUUAACAGAUGAAGUUGAUUUUGCAGUAAAAAGACAUGAACAGCUACAAAAAGAUGAAGAGGAGAGAAAACAGCAAAUUCUAGACAGAAAAUUACGAGAAAAAGGCAACUUGCUGACCGCUAAUAUAGUAAAAGAUUCAACUGUGGAAAGCAAGUGAUUAUUUUUAUUAGCACCAACACAUUGUUAGUUAAUUUAUAUGAUCACCCAAUGAUUAUCGUUGUUACAGUUUAUACCUAAACUAUGUUUAUGAUUAUCAAUAAAACGCACCAUUUUCAAGUGUA